AUGUGCAAAACGUCGGACAACGAAAGGGCAAAAAAGUUGGAUUAUGCAACACCUAUUAAAGCUGCACGCAAAUACGAAAAGAGUCAGGAUAAGAAACCUCAUUUAACAGGGGACCGGUGUAGUGGUGCUUUACUUCAGUCACCAUCGUCAUCUCACUCCUUUCCUGAUAUAGAUAAUGUCCAACUUACAAUACUAUCUCGUAAUACUAAACAUUUGAAACAGAUUAACAGGACAAAAGCCAGUAAUGCCGUUCCCGAAACAUUGAAAGAAAAUAAUAAAUCCACACAAGUCAUCCGUGCAAAGACCUCGACUAGGGAAUUAUCUCACAUCAGCAUUGCAAAUAAAUGCAUUACUCCUAGGAGUGCUGGGAAUAGGAAAUCAAAGAAAGUCUCUAAUAAUAAUUUGAAAAUCUCGAGGCCAUCCUUCCAGUUCAACGCCCCAUUUAUAAGAGAAUUGGGAGAAUUUAUAAUUACGGAUGAUGAGUUGAAAGUCACAACCCCGUUACAACGUCAGAAAUCUCUUUCUGAAAAGCAUAUUGAAAGGAUAGGUAAACCACUUGAAGUGAUUAGAAAUAAGCGACCUACUCCUCUUAAACGCUGUAUUUUGAAUGAGCGCGCUAUCCGCAAGGCUCAGCGAAGUCGGUCACUUCCAGCCCCUGUAGAAAUUACUUUUGCGACCGCUGAAUCUCCUAGUGUGACGAAAACCACAGAGUUCCGUACUCCUGAUAGCUUUAAUAGUUCACUAAAAGAACCCAAUUCUUCAUCGGAAAUCGAAAACUAUCUUGUGAGUGAGUUGAUUUCACGAUUGGUUGCAUUCCAAGACAGAGCAUAUGUAACUCAUGCUAAUAGCCCCUUUCAUCUCAAACGAACAAAGCGUCUUGUUUGUGGUUUUCAUGAAGUAAUCAAACACUUAAAGUUAAAACACAUGCGAAUCGUCUUCGUGGCUCGCGAUCUUGAAGGCAAUGCUACCAGCUAUUUAUGUCACGAUAAAAAUUUCAGUUAG